AUGAUAGCAGAAGUGGAGACAUACCAGUUAAGAGAUAGCAAACAGGAAGUUGAAAAGUAUACAGGAUCCAAUGGUCUAGCAUUGGCUUUCAGUCGGCUAGACAAUGUAGCAAACACAAGACUUUUGGGAUGGAUUGACACGGCCUCACACAGAACAUUGAGCAAUGCAGCUAGAGGUCUAUUGAUGAAAAAGACUCCAGAGGAGAUAGUCACAAUUCUAGAUGAGUUAUAUGAAGAUGCAAAUCAGUGGCCCUCGGAGAUUGCUGAAAGAAGAAGAUCAACCAGUGUUCACCAAGUUGAUACUAACACAUUUGUGCAGGUACAGCUUGAUGCAAUGGCCAAAGAAAUAAGGAUGCUAACCUUAGCCUCGAUACAUAAUGAGCCUCAUGCAGCAUGUGAUAUAUGUGGUAGAGGACACCCUACUCAUGAGUGUCAAGCUACCAUUGAGGAAGUGAAUCAUGUGGCAAAUGCAUGGAAACAAAAUAACUCUAGAUUUCAAGGAGCUCCUGGUUUUGUGAAUCAGCCGAGGCUGCAGUUUCAGCCUCAACAAUCAAAUCAGUCUGGGUUAGAAGAUCUUAUGGAGUCCUUUAUUGUCAAGAUAGAUGAGAGGCUAGAUGCUCAUGGUGCAGCUAUCAAAGAACUUAGGACAGCUGAUACUGACAAGAAUCCCAAAGAAACGGUAAAUGUUGUGACCUUGAGAAGCGAACAAGUGAUGAAAGAUUCCAUUCCAAUUCAUAAAGAAGUUGCGCUUGGAAAAGAAAGUGGGAAGGAGCUGAAAAUUGAAUAUGACAAAAAGACUGAGAAGAAGAAAGGUAAGAAGGGAGUAGAGAAAAAGAGAAGGAGGAAACUUCAAGAGGUUAAUGUAAACCUGCCAUUCACUGAACUUCUCUCACAAAUGCCAGCUUAUGCAAAGUUCUUGAAGGAGAUCCUUACAAAGAAGAGGAAGAUAGAAGAUACCAAGGUGUUCAAGCUCACAGAGCAUUGGAGCGCGAUCUUACAAAAUAAACUCCCACAAAAAUAUGGAGAUCCAGGGAGUUUUACUAUACCUUUCUCUUUAGGCAUUCUAAAUUUUGAUAAGUCUUUAUGUGAUUGUGGUGCCUCAGUUAAUCUAAUGCCAUUGUCUAUUUACAGGAAACGGGAGAAGGAGAUUGGAGAGAUAAGGUCGGUGCCAAUAUCUUUACAAUUGGUAGACCAAGCAGCUAUAACACCCGAGGAGAUAGUAGAAGAUGUUUUGUUGCGGGUGGAUAAGUUUGUAUUUCCUGUAGAUUUCAUAGUGGUGAAUAUGGAGGAGAACAAGGAGGUCCCCCUCAUCCUAGGAAGACCAUUUGUAGCAAUGGGUAGAGAUAUACUGGAUAUACAUGAUAGAAAACUCAUGCUUAGAGUGGGUGAGGAGAUGGUGACUUUUGAGAUGAAUGUAGCACAUGGAGUGAAAAAGGAGAAGCCAGCUGCAAAUGUUGAGUGGACGGUGAAGGGUGUGAAGGAAGAGUCCCUAGUGAUAGAAAAAGACAAGUGA